GUGAUGAGGAGGAGGAGGAGGGAAGACUCAUGACGUCACGGGCUUCCUCGUCCAACACAUGACAUGUUUCGAUACAACUGUGAAACCUACAAACGUUUUCAGCGUAUGUUUUGAUCAUCAGGUGAUUGCAGCUUUGACAUCAGCUCCAUAUGGGGUGGAUAGAGCGAUGAGCCCAACCUGCCCGGCCUGUGGGACAUGUAGAGCGCUGCGUGGGCAGGAAGAGCGGAGAGAAGUAGCAAAGGAUGAGAAGGAGGGUAUGGGGCCUCUGCCAGGGCGUCUCAACGGCUGUGCUUUAUGGCUCCCUGGCUCUGUUCAUCUCCAUUCUCCACAAUGUCUUCUUACUGUAUUAUGUCGAGACCUUUGUGUCUGUUUACAAGAUUGACAAGAUGUCGUUUUGGCUGGGAGAGACUGUGUUUCUGAUAUGGAAUAGCCUGAACGACCCUCUUUUUGGCUGGCUGAGUGACCGCUCAUUCCUGAGCUCUCCUCAGUCUGGGUCCCAGAUCACGUCCCCUGAGGUGGUCCUGAAGCGUCUGCAGGCACUCUCCCGCAGCGGGCCUCUGUUUGCCCUCUCAUUCCUGGCCUUCUGGGUGGCUUGGACCUGGCCUGGACUGCAGUUCCUUAUCUGCCUGUGCCUUUACGAUGGCUUCCUCACGGUGGUCGACCUCAACCACAACGCCCUCCUGGCCGACCUGGCCGUGUCUGCACAUGACCGCACGCGCCUCAACUUCCACAGUUCCUUGUUCAGUGCGAUGGGCUCGCUGUCCGUCUUCCUCUCUUACUCCUUCUGGAACAAGGAAAACUUCUACUCCUUCAGACUCUUCUGCGUGACUCUGGCCACUCUCUCAAUGCUAGGCUUUUUUGUGGUUUCACGUCUCCUGCGGCACAGGUUUCAGAACAAAGUCCAGCCAUGCAAGAAUGAGAGCCAAGCGCUCACUGAACUGAGUGUCGGUCAGGCUCCUUUUACCUCACCUGAGAAGCCAGUCACUCUUGGGGAAUAUCUAAAGCAGCUGUCCCGCCACAAGAACUUUAUGUGGUUUGUUUCUAUGAACCUUGUACAGGUAUUCCACUGCCAUUUCAACAGCAAUUUCUUUCCUUUGUUUUUGGAGCACCUCCUGUCAGACCGUAUCUCUGCUUCCACCGGCUCCUUUCUGCUGGGCAUUUCUUACAUUGCACCUCAUCUGAACAAUCUCUACUUUUUGACGCUGUGCCAAAGACUGGGUGUCUACCAGGUUGUCCGCGGGCUCUUUCUUCUGAAGCUGGGCCUCAGCAUGGCCAUGCUCUUUGCCGGGGCGGACCACAUGUACCUGCUCUGCAUCUUUAUUGCUAGUAAUCGCGUCUUCACCGAGGGCACUUGUAAACUUCUGAACCUGGUGAUCACAGACCUAGUGGAUGAGGACUUUGUGUUGAACCAAGAUUGUGAGAUGGCCAAUUGGGAUUGCUGA